GAGACACAUCGAUAUUACUACCCGUACGUAUUUGGUAUUGGCUUUCUGAUGCAAGACAUUCGUCGGGACCUUCUAUUUAUAAAUAAACUUCCACGUGUCGCAUAUUGCGUCAUAAUGAACUGCACACACAAUUAGCGAAUCGACCAAUCACAACCUCAGUUGAUGACGUAUCAGCCCGGUAUUGCAGCCAAUCACAAAACGACACGGGAGCAUAAUAUCUCGAGAACUCUAUUAUCUAUUGAUUGUAUACAAUAGUGAAUCAUAGGGAGCUGGUACUGAAAACCGACAUGUAGCGUACGAAAGUAAUUCAACUUUCAGAUCGAAUUUCGUCGCGAACGGGUGGGUUUAUCCCUCCCCAAAUUGAUUAAACCUAGAAGAGAGUCUUUAAGAACCAUUAAAAUGGCUUCUACAAAAAUUAUUUUCGCGACUGUCCCUAAAUCUGACCAAGUUAAAACGUUCGAUAUCAAUAUGUUACCUGCAUCAAGGAAGGCACAAAUUCUGCAGCAGAUGGCCGCAGCAACGGAUGCUAAUCUGGGCCUGCAGGUCUCCAACAAGUGCAGAGAAGAGAUGCCCGAUUCCAAUCCAGCACCGAGAAAGAGACAAAGGCUCACGCAUCUCUCAACUGAAGAAAAAAUGAUGAGAAGGAAGCUGAAGAACAGAGUAGCAGCACAGACAGCAAGAGACAGGAAGAAGGCUCAGUUUGAUGACCUGGAGGUCACCCUAUCUGUCAUGGAGGCCAGAAAUAAACAACUUCUCCUAGAAAACACUCUACUGAAGAAACAGAAUGAGACUUUACUUGAAGAGAACAAAGAACUGAAGGAACGUCUUCAAGGAAACAAAGAGGAAACCCAGUCCCUUGUUGUCUUGGAUCAUGGCUAUUGCAUGGAUUCCACCCCCUCUCCCAUCAGUACGCAGCCGACCAUGAAGAAAGAGGUCGAUGUCAAGUCACCUGAGUCCGCAGCACUCAAUGCUCCUCCGCAGCAGGAGUUGGCUCGACAUCUCCUCACCUUCCUGUCGAUGAUGCUGAUGUGGAGUCUGAAGACGAACUUCUGGGGCUCCUCGGUCAACUCAACCAGGCAGCCGUCAACGGAGCCAUUCGUCUUUUCGGGCCAGAAGACCAGGACGAGCCUCAAGGAGGAGGAACCAUUGUGCCUGGUAACACGGAAGACCAACAACCAGGGCAACAGGGAUUGGUGGGGCCCACAGCAGCAGAGCUGGAAUCCAUCAAAGAACUGAUCCAGUUUGACCACGAGUACUUGAAGCCUGUUUUAGAUGUUCAAAAUAAGAGCCCUGAUAAUGGAAGCAGUCUCGUUGUCAAUGCAUCCUUGACACAAGACAUCCCAGAGAUGGACACCGGAAUACCCAGUGAUUGUAUUGCACAGAUUGGUGAAAUGGACACUGUACACUCCUUCAAGACAGAAGGAGAAGAUGAAAUGGACUUGCUUCUCACCAUGGGUUCCAAUAGAAUCACCUUUGAUGACUUGGAAACAGCGAACCCUCUAACCUCAGACACUUCCUUGACAUGUGACCUUAAAGAACUCAUGGGAUUGGUUUCGACACCUAAGGACUAUGAUUGUCACAGCUUGAGUGGGAAGAGCGACUAUGGAUCAGGAUCAGACUCUGGUAUCAGUGAUGCUCCCAGGUCUCCAUUCAGUGAUGAAGGGGGUCCUCUGGGAUCUCCUGGAUUAGGAGAUAGCUUAUGGGAGGAAUCAUUUACUGAUCUCUUCCCUUCACUUGAUUUGUAAUUGUAAAUAGUAUUCCAAUUUGCGUCCUUUUAUCAUGUCCAGCUUCAUUUACAUUCCCAUUAUAAGCUUAUUUCUCAAGUUUAAUGGUUCAGGAUUGGAAAUAAGUAUAUUGAUACAUGUAAAUUGGAUAUGAAUAAACCCAUCCCAUAAAGACACAUGCAGUUGUGUACACAUUACUCCAUAUCAUUUUAUUGCUUUCUUUGAAAUGAUGACUAAAUUUGUUGAGAAUUCACCCACAAAUAAAAAAUGAAGAAAAAAAUAGUGAAACUACUGGUGUUCAAACUUGUAACGUUAGAGCCCGACUACAAAACAGAAUUUCUUCAAUAUUUUAGAUUCUAUGACCAUUGGAAUAUUUUUUGCUGACACUGAUUGUCUGAUGAGAUAUAAUUUCAUAAAAGAAGUGUCAAGAAAUGUAGAAUAUAGUUUCAACUCCUGUGAGGUUGUAAUAUUUUAUGAAGAAAAAGGUAAAAAUCCUCACUUUUCAAAGUACUAAAAUUAUCAAGUGAAGUUGCUGACAUAAUUUGCCAUUUCUAGCAAUUUUUUGCUUGUUAUUAUGUUGAUUGACAAUGACAUUAACAUAUCAAAUUUGUUCAAGACUAGAACUCAUUUGAUUUGACUGACUUCAUAUAUGUUAUUGAGGUCUUUUAUUGAUAAUUUCUUGAUUAGAGUGCACCCAGGGGAGAAGGAAUGUCUGUUUUCACCUUCAUUAUUAUACUAAAUAUUUAGAGUCCAUAUAAUUGUGAAACAGUGCUACUUCAUCAAUCUGUGUAAGCUCAUAUUGUAAAUAGUACAUUUAUUUUGAACAUCUAAUAAAAAAUGGCAUAAAGGCA